AUGGCCUCUAUUCGUGUUCUUUCCUUCGAUGCUGAGGGCCGUCCCGUGCAGUUCACUUCCUGGCUCGACGACCUGCAGUUGUAUCUUAUGAGCAAUAGCACGGACCACAUCUCCCUCUAUGACUACGCGUCUGGUGCUGCCGCUGCUCCUGCUGCCACAGCCGAGCUUAGUGUUCGUUCCCACUGGCAGACUCGUGACGCAGCUGCUCGCCUAGCCAUUCGCAGUCACCUGCCGCUAGCUGAGCUCGAGCAUUUUGGCGACUGCAAAUCCGCUAAGGCCCUGUACGAUGCUGUCGUUGCUCGCUACUCCUCGCCUGCCACAGCCGAGCUUAGCCGCCUCAUGCUGCCGUACCUGUUCCCCGAUCUGUCCACCUUUACUACAGUCGCCGAUCUUAUCACCCACCUUCGCACUAGUGAUGCUCGCCUGCGUGCCGCCCUUCCCACCGAGUUCUGCGCUAAGAACCCCCUCCACUUCGCCCUCCUAGAGGAGCAGCUGCUCGCGGCCGAAAAGAGCAUUGUAGCUGUCGGUGCUGCUCGUGGCGCUCCUCGCACCCCCAUCUUUGAGGGGUGUUUCUCCUCUCCCCUCGCUCCCUCCUACGCUGCUGCUGCUGCUGUUGACUUCCUUGGUGCUGAGUCUGUUGGCGCUGCUUCUGCUCCUGGUGGGAGGCGCCGCACCGGCAAGGGCAAGGGGGGCAAGGGUGGUGGUGGUGGCGCUGGGGGGGGAGGAGGUGGGGGAGGUGGGGGGGGAGGCGGUGCUGGAGGGAGCGGUGGCGGGAGCGCUGGUGGGAGUGGGGUCGGUGGUGGAGGCGGGGGCGGCGGAGGAAGCAGUGGCAGUAGUGGCGGCGGCGGCGGUGGCGGUGGCGGUGGUGGCGGUGGCGGUCGGAGCGGUGGUAGUGGUGGCGGCGGAGGUCGGAGUGGAGGCACUGGCUCGGGCCAGAGCUCCCAGCAGCAGCAGCGUCCCCAGACGACCCAACAGCUUCGUGAGUGGCUUGCUCAGCGUGGGACGUCGGGGGGCAGUGGCCGCUGUUCUUAUGUCAUUCGCACAGGUGACCGCAAGGGACAGACGUGUGGGAGGUUCCACACCCCGUACCGCUGCUUCUCCCACCUUGACGACGCUUGGCGUGAGGAGAUGGGUGCGGAUGUUGAGCGCCCCCGCUGGGCUGAGCUCAUGAGGGCUGGUGUUGAUGUCUUUGCUCUUGACUAUGAUGCUAUUAUUGCUGCCAUUGCUGUCCCGGCUGUUUUCGAGUCUGCUCUCUCAGGUACAGCACCCACAGAGACUGCUCUCUCAGGUACCGCACCGGCUGAGGCCUGUCACACCUUCACCCUUGACUCAGUCCUUGCCCAGUCCACCACUGUCCUCCCUUGUCCGGCGGUUCCGUCUGGCUCGUUGUCGGGUUUCCACCUCCCCUCGUUCUCGACGAACCUGGUGAGCAACGCUGUCCUCCAGGAUCAGUGGGUUGACACCUUUACCCCUGGAGGACAGCGUGUGGCGAUCUGCACGUGCUCCAGGACCGGCCGUCACCUGGCUACGUUUACCCGUCGGCCGGGGUCGAGUCUCUACACACUGACCACUGCGUCUCCUCAGACUCUUCUCUGGCACCACCGCCUGGGUCACCCCUCCUUGCCACGCCUUCGUGGCAUGCACCGUCGCCACCUUGUGUCUGGUCUUCCCAGGUCCCUCCCUCCCCUCCCUGCCUCGCCUGCGCCGCCUUGCCUUCCUUGCGUCGAGGGGCGGCAGCGCGCCGCUCCUCACUCCUCCUCGUUCCCCCCGACAGAGGCUCCUCUGCAGACCCUCCACCUGGACGUGUGGGGCCCAGCCCGCGUUCGUGGUCAGGGCGGUGAGCGGUACUUUUUGCUGGUUGUCGACGACUACUCGCGCUACACCACGGUCUUCCCCUUGCGCACCAAGGGUGAGGUCCCUGCUGUUUUGAUCCCUUGGAUCCGCACGGUUCGUCUCCAGCUCCGCCGCCGUUUCCGGACGGAUCUUCCUGUCCUGCGUCUGCACUCUGACAGAGGUGGUGAGUUUUCCUCCGAUCUCCUGAGGACCUUCUGUCAGGCGGAGGGCAUCGAGCAGACCUUCACGCUUCCGGACUCCCCACAGCAGAAUGGGGUUGCUGAGCGCCGCAUUGGCCUGGUCAUGGAGGUCGCUCGUACCUCCUUGGUCCACGCGGCGGCUCCCCAUUUUCUGUGGCCGUUUGCUGUCCGGUACGCCGCGCAUCAGCUCAACCUCUGGCCCCGUGUCUCCUUGUCGGAGACCUCGCCCACACUGCGUUGGACGGGGGAGGUUGGCGAUGCGUCGCGCUUCCGGGUGUGGGGUGCUCGUGCCCUUGUCCGCGAUACGUAG